AUGUCCAGGAAGCACCACUACGUGCCCAAGCGCGAGGCCACCGACAGCUUCGAGGAGCUCUCGGCCAAGCUCACGGCCGACCUGCGCAACCACGUGCGCUUCAUGGCCGACUACCCGGUGCUGUCGGACGACUGGAUCCAGAUGGCCGAGCAGAUCGGCCGCAUCGGCCACAUCACCGAGAUGGAGCGGCAGCUGCCCAAGAAGCACGACGCCACGCUCUGGGAGUGCGAGGAGAUCGCCCUGCGCUAUCUGCUUGAGGACGGGAAGUUGAAUCUGUGCCUGCGCAAUCUCGUAGACUACAACAACUACCUGAAGCGCAUGAUCGAGCGCGGGCCUGUCAAGACUGAGACAAUGGCGACGCUGGAGAAGUUUGAGCACGGCAUGGGGCUAACUCUGAAGAACGCAUGGCUUCACGCCGAGGCAGUACAGACUACGGAUCUGCCGCUGUUGAUCGAGUAUAUCCACGAUAUUUUAAUCUAUUGCCUCGAGCGCCCAGAUUACCUGCCGAACAAGAAGAUGGACAACUGCCAGGAGGUCACCGUCAUCCACUUUUUGCUAGGACUGUGCAGGCAGCUAGACUCGAUCGAUGAAUCAAGAGUCAUGCCGUUGUUUGCCGAGAAGCGCAUUUUCGCGCUGCUGGCGAUGCAUCUGAGCACACACAUCAACCUCCUGAACGCCGCGGAUGUCGCCGUGGGUGCAGAGGUGCUUGCACUUAUCUGCAGUACAGAAGACUUUGAAUCUCACGACGACUACUACGUGGACUCCCCCGAGGCAGAGUCCGCUCUCCUAUCCCUCUACGACGACUACCUCGAGGAAGCAACCGAAGACCUCGACACACGCAAACGAUUGCGUCCGCUGCUCGAUGCGGUUCGACAGCUAAACUACAACCGCAAGUAG